GCUGGCCGCCGCGAACAUAAGGGCUGCCCACCACGGAGUCCAAGGGCGAAACGAAGGACGAGGCGCAGCAGCGCUUGGCGGCGUCCGCCUUCGUCUUGCGUGGGACGGCGGCGCCUCUGGGGGCUGGCUGCUGCUUGCCGAGAGAACCGCCAGCAGGAACGCGUCGCGCGCAGGCACAAGAUGCCCGCCCGCGAACCUAUCAGGAUGCGCCGCGCCAAGGCUUGGAACGUCGAGGUCGAGAACGCCUACCGGUUUCAGUGCGCGGGUUGGCGCUCGGCAGAAGAGUACGCCCAGGGCGAGUACGGGGAUGAGAUUUCUUGGUUCAGCGACUCGGGGCUGGUCGAGAAGGUGCAGAAUAGACAGGGGCUGUUCAUGUACUUCAAGCGGUGCUUGGCGGCGUCCGCGGCACUGCCUUCGUCGUCGAUGGCGUCCUCGGCGGCGUGGGGCCUGGCUCGGUCUCGCGGUCGCGGUCCGCGAGAAACGCGUCGCGCGCAGGCACCGCGAGUGCCUCGACAAGUACCUGCCGCGCGUCAAGAUCUUCGAGUACGCGAACGACGGCGGCCACAAGUAGAGGACCACGAUCCCGUCGACUUCCGAACACACGAGCGCAAGACUAAGACAUCAUUCCGAAGUAGUUACUGGUAG